GAGCCUGACGGAGCUCCCUCAACUCACACGAGCCCGACACUGUCUGUCACUGCGCGCACACUUAAGGAUUUGCACGCGUUUUUGCCUCUUUAAUCUGCAAAAAAAACCUCGAGUGAAGAAGCCAAAUGGAGUUUGUGGCGGAUUUUUGAGAAGGGACGAAAAAAAAAACGGAUGAAAUAAUGCAGCAGCAGAGGAAGAGGAUCCGAGUCUCACGAGUCUCCUCCCAGGAAUAACCGCCAAAUGGAUGCUGCGCUGAGAGUCUCCCCCCCUCAACAACUGCUAUGGAGGCUUGCCAACCCCUGCCAGUGACCUUUAUCACGCCAUGAAUGCGAGCGUCGCCGUUCAAAGAGGACACAAGUAACCUUUUCUUGCGAUCUAAAGAAGGAGCUGUUGAUCUGAGAGGAGGAGGAGGAACGGGGGGGAAAAGAGUCAUCCCCUAAAACAAGAAAACAAUCAAACAAACUGAACUACAGGAUGCCAAAGCGGUCCGAGGAGAUGCUCAUGGAUCUGUCCUUGCUGCUGGUGUGGAUUACUUGCGUUCCCUGCGUCUCCGUGACGCCCGUCCAGGGCCCGUCCGGGAGCUCACAGACCGCUGGGUCGGCGGCGGCGACGGCCACGGAGACGACGAGUCUCGGUGAAGGACAAAGAUUACUGAGCCGCGCCAAGAGAGGAUGGGUUUGGAAUCAAAUGUUUGUGCUGGAGGAAUUUUCUGGACCCGAUCCAAUCCUCGUUGGCAGGCUACACACAGACUUGGAUGUGGCUAGCAAGAAUAUCAAGUACGUCCUUGACGGCGAGGGGGCAGGCACCAUCUUCGCCAUCAACGAGUUAACGGGUGACAUCCACGCCAUGAAGAGGCUGGACCGCGAGGCCAAAGCCGAGUACACGCUAACGGCGCAGGUCAUCAACGCCGACACGGACCAGCCGCUGGAGCCGCCGUCGGAGUUCAUCAUCAAGGUCCAGGACAUAAACGACAAUCCGCCGCAGUUCAUCGAAGGCCCGUACCACGCGUCCGUUCCUGAGAUGUCCUCCGUCGGUACCCCGGUUACCAGGGUAACGGCCACGGAUGCAGACGAUCCGGUGUACGGGAACAGCGCUAAACUCAUCUACAGCAUCCUGGAGGGACAGCCUUACUUUUCCAUUGACCCGAACUCCGCGACCAUAAAGAUUGCUCUCCAUGAGAUGGACCGGGAGAAGAGAGAGGUGUACCUGGUGGUCAUCCAGGCCAAAGACAUGGGCGGUCACAUGGGCGGCUUGUCUGGAACGACGACUGUGACCGUUACGCUGACGGACAUCAACGACAAUCCUCCAACGUUCUCCAAAAGCGUCUACGAGUUCGUGAUCCCGGAAGACCUACCGAUUGGAAAGAUGGGUGGCAAAGUGAAGGCGAACGAUCAAGACGUCGGGGAGAAUGCCAAGUCGACGUACAACAUCAUAGAGGGAGAUGAUCAAGGCGUGUUUGAGAUCAUUACUGACGGACAGACACAAGAGGGGAUUUUCAGGCUGAAAAAGCCUUUAGAUUAUGAGAGAAAGAGAGCCUACACGGUGAAAGUUGAGGCCACCAACAUCCGCUCGGAGCCCAGCAGCGGCGGCCCCUUCAAGGACACGGCCACGGUGCACAUCGUGGUGGAAGACGCCGACGAGCCCCCGCUCUUCUCCAAACCCAUGUACCUACUGGAGGUGAACGAGAACGCUCCCAUCAACACGGUCAUCGGCACUGUCACCGCCAGGGACCCGGACUCAUCGGCGAGUGUCGUGAGGUACUUCAUCGAUCGGCACACGGAUCUGGAAAGGCAGUUCAACAUCAACGCGGAUGACGGGAAGAUCACGCUGGCCAAGCCGCUGGACCGGGAGACGGACAUGUGGCACAACAUCACAGUAACAGCGACAGAAGUCAGGAACCACAGUCAGAUAUCGAGGGCCAUCGUCGCCAUCCGAGUAAUGGACAUUAACGACAAUGCCCCUGAAUUUGCCACCGAAUACGAGGCCUUUUUGUGUGAAAAUGGAAAACCUGGACAGGUGAUCCAGACUGUCAGCGCCGUGGACAAAGAUGAUCCGAUCCAGGGUCACUACUUCGACUAUCGUCUUGUUCCAGAGAUGCUCAACAAUCCCAAUUUCACCAUCAAAAACAACCAAGACAACUCCAUCAGCGUCCUAGCCAAACACGACACCUUCCGACGACAGAAACAGGAGAUGUACUUCCUGCCAAUCAUUGUAACGGACAACGGGAACCCGCCGAUGAGCAGCACCAACACCCUGACCAUCAGAGUCUGCGGGUGCAGCAGAGAAGGGAUCGUCCAAUCAUGCAACGUGGAGGCCUACGUCCUCCCCAUCGGCCUUAGCAUGGGGGCGCUCAUCGCCAUCCUAGCCUGCAUUAUACUUCUAUUAGUUAUAGUGGUACUAUUUGUAACCCUGAGGAGACACAAGAACGAGCCUCUGAUCAUCAAGGAUGAAGAAGACGUGAGGGAGAACAUCAUUCGCUACGACGACGAGGGCGGAGGCGAGGAGGACACCGAGGCGUUCGACAUCGCCACGCUGCAGAACCCCGACGGCAUCAACGGCUACCUGCCGCGCAAGGACAUUAAGCCCGACCUGCAGUUCAUGCCGAGGGCGGGCCAGCACUCGGGCCCCAACGGCGUGGACGUGGACGAGUUCAUCAACGUCCGGCUCCACGAGGCGGACAACGAUCCCACGGCGCCGCCUUACGACUCCAUCCAGAUCUACGGAUACGAAGGCCGGGGAUCGACCGCCGGCUCGCUCAGCUCGCUGGAGACGGUGUCGUCCGACUCGGACCAGAACUAUGACUAUCUCCGAGAAUGGGGGCCGCGCUUUAGAAGACUUGGGGAGCUCUACUCUGUGGGUGAGAGCGACCGUGAAACCUGACCCUCGGUUUGUUAGGAAAAAGACCUUUGAGAUGAUUUUUCUUCUUCUUCUUUUUUUCUGCCCACAUACUUGUGUAUUAAACGCUAGGGGUUUGCUGGCUUUUAGAAACAGGUGUUUAAAAAGAAAAAAAAACUGUUGAUAAGACGAAAGAGAGGCCACCUUUUUGUAUUCUUUUUAGAGUAAGGUAUAGCAGUUGUCAUCCACUAUGUCAAGCGCAUUGUAAUCGUGGAGCCAAACAACGUCUUUAUUAGGAGAUCUAUGAUUCUUUGUGGAGUGUUAUUAGAUUCUGUUGUGGAGUGUCUAGCAGUAUUUUGGGUGUUAGUCAUUUGCUGUGACUGCCAGUAGCAGAAAAAGCCCAGUAUUGCUGGUAGUUGCCCAGUGAGCGGAGGUUGUUGGGUUGUCGGAAACUGGAAGGGAGACACGACUCCGUAGACACCAAGCUGGACAGCAGAAGCCGCAGAAGGGACUCUGGAUUCUUGUCUCCUGGAGCCGCCGAGCAGAAGGUGAAAGGGGAACAAAAUAAAGAUGAAAAGCAAUAUAUGGUCUACAUUACUACGAUGAAUGUAUGUACGGUUUGAAAAAAGCAAAGACAAAAGCAAAAAGACAUACCAGUAUUGGCUUUAAAGGCGAAUCUGUCAUAAUUUGAUAUGUUCUCUGGUGGCCACAUUUAUAAACUAUCUAAAAGCCCAGAGAGGCUUGCUUUAUACAACUCUUUGUAUUUACAUGCUAAAAGGUGUGGGGUGAAAGUGUUACUAGCCUAUAAAAGACUGACAUAAAGACAAAAAAGAACAAUGUAGAACUAUGAGGCCUUCUUUUUACAGAAGCAACAUUAAAUACAAUUGUAAUCUACUGUUUUUUUGAAAAGAGAUGUGUUGAUUCCUCAUUAUUGUUCGAUUAGUUUUUGUAUAUUUGUUCUAAAGUCAUUUUUUUCUGUGCUGACUAUUUGCAGUGAGUGUGUUUUUGGAUCAUUUCACAUUUUGGCUUUUUUCAACCACUUGAACACUGUUUCAUGAAAGAAUCAUAUCAAGAAAUCCAUUCAUGAUAUAGUCUAGAUGUAAGCAGACAAACAAGAGCUCCAGGUUUUACUUCGACAAAUACAGCUGAACUAAUUAAUUGGGACUGUGAGACUGGGACCUUCCUGACACAUGCUAAUUCUGUGUAAAAUAUGACUCAUGCUGUAUUCUGAGGUGCAGCCAGUGAGCUUGUGAGCACAAUAGUCCAAUUAAUACCCAAAUAUGUGACUCCCUCCGACAUUAAACACCAUUUAGGAAACACGGAUUGCAUUAGUUCAAGGAAAACGAGAAAGCAAAUCAAGACUGUGUGCAUUUUUGUGCUUACACUGUAUGAUACCAAUAAAAAAGACUUGUACUGUACAUAGUUACUGCUAACAUCAUUAGCUUUCAAUGAGGUGGUAGGUUUUGUCUCUGCACGUUAGCUCUUGCACAUAAUGAGAAGUUCAAUGGCACUACAGCUGCGUGCAAACUCAGUUUGUUCUGGUACAGUAUUAUGGCAGUUCUCAGUAGACUAAACAAUAUAUAUGAAUUAGUCCUACUUGCAGAUCAUAUUUUCUACUGUGCUUUAAUGCUUAUAAAUGUGUAUGUUCAAUUAUUUACUCUCUGUACUGUAAU